AUGUUAAUAAAAAGGUCGAUGGUGUUGUUGAUUUAAAAUCUAAUGAAAAAAAUGAUUUAAUUUCUAAAAAAGAUAAUAAAAUUGAUUCUGAUUCAAAUUCAAAUCAUAAAUUAGUAGAUCAUGAUUCUCAACCUGACAAUGAAAAGACUGGAGAACCUCAGGUGUUUGUUGGAAUUUUCCCAAAAAAUCAUGUAUAUAUAAAAGAAUAUCUUGAUGAUGUCAAAUUACAAGUUAACGAAUCAACAAAAUCUUUUAAUGAUGCUGCUUCACUUGAUUCUACUACUCGUAAUGAAAAUGAAAAACCUGCUUCUAUUAAUGACAAUGAUGAUAAUGACAGGCCUCCUCCACCACUACCUUCACUUGAAUGUGGUGAUGAUACAAUAAGUGGAAAGAAUGAACCUUUGAUAGAUGAAAUUUCAAGCGCAGUCAGAGAAUGGUGUAGUCUUUUACCUACUUAUUUGGAAGAAAGAAGAUACUCCAUGUUUAGAACUGUUAAAGAUCAAAUAAAUGAUUUAUUACAGGGUCGAAGGCAACUACUUGCUCAAACUUUAUCUCAAGAUGAACUGAGCAAGCUACGUAAAGAGCUUAUCAAUAAACUUGUUUCUGGUAACAUAAUUCAAGAUUUAGAUAUUAUUGUCAGGCAUCCCGAAAAAGGUUUUCUUGCUGAUGGGUGA